CGAGGCGCGACGUGAAAUCUUUGGCAGUCAAAAGUGGUGUGAGUAAAUAGCUUGCCUAUUAGCUCUCCACGACAUUUUCCCUGUCGCACGGCGACGUUGUGCUGGACUACCUUUUCGAUCGCAAGUUUCGCGACACCACCGAGCCUCCCCCGCAACCAGGCGCGUGCCUUACACCUCCUCAUCACCAAAAAGUCAAGAUGGCGUCAAAAGCCCAGCUAGACAAGCAGCAACAGCUCCAGACCACAUAUCAAAACUACAAGACCACACUGCAGAACAUCGCCUCAAAGAUCGGUGACAUUGAGCAAGAGACGGAAGAACACAAGCUCGUUCUGGAAACAUUAGAGCCGCUGCCUGGAGACCGCAAAUGCUUCCGCAUGAUCAACGGCGUGCUCACUGAGCGAACGGUCGCAGAUAUUGUGCCUAUCUUGCAGACGAACCAGGAUGGGCUGAAGAAGACGCUGGAGGAGCUUGUCAAGCAGUACAAGACAAGACAGGAUGAGAUGGAGAAGUGGAAGAAGAAGAACAACGUACAGGUUGUUCAGCAGCCUGGACAGUAGGCGGUCGGAGGCUCCUGCUUGCAGCAAGUACAUUAUAAGCUGAGGAUGUCAUGUUUGCUUGGUGGAGCAGCAGGCGCGCAGAGUUCCAAGAAGGCACAAGAUGCACGCAAGAGUGAGAAUUACAUGCAACGAAGUCAGGCGAAGUCAUCAAUAUUGACUUUCAGUAUCGGAGCCCGUGGUCACGCUUCCACAUCUGCAACAAAUUCUGCUUCGAUACUGGAGGAUCUUCGCAGCACGGUGGAACUGGAUGGAAUCUUGAAAGUAGACCCUCUCAAGUACAUUGCAAGGACUCAUAGUCAGAGGACGAUAUACAGC